AUGACCCUCUUCCUCGGCACACUGAGGUGUUGCCGGAGAGGGUUCGAGAGCUUCAGACCCAGCUCCAGCUUCACGCGGGGUCUGCUCACGCAGGCACACGAUCGAGGGCCUUCCGAGCCGCCGUUACUCGAGCAGACUGUUCCCGAGCACUUCGCGGAGAUUGUGUCGAAAUAUGGGGAUCGCAAUGCGGUUAUAUCACGACACCAGCGGACGGAGUUGACAUACGAUGCUCUCGAUCGAAAGUCGAACGCCCUCGCGAGGGGACUGCAAAGCAUAGGAGUGAAGAAGGGCGAUAGAGUAUCCGUGUCGCUGGGAAACAACAUCGAGUUUGCAGUCGCAACAUACGCGAUCUUCAAACUCGGUGCCAUCCUCAACCCAUUGAAUCCCAGCUUCAAUGCCGGCCAGGUCGUCAGCGCGCUGAACCAUCUCGAAUCGUCACAUUUAAUCAUCGGCACGGAGACACAUUUGAUACGGAAGGAUCCGAGGGAUAAUUCGGAGAUUCUGAAGCACAUCGCUCCAGGUAUUGGAGGGAGGAAACUAGAGGCCGAUCUGGUUCCUUCACUAAAAGAAAUCGUCUUGGUGGAUAACUCUCGAGGGAGAGUCGAUCCGACUCAACUGAGCGCGGCGGUCCCUUUUCAGGAUAUCCACGAUGGAUCUUCGCUGGAAACUCUCCCUAAGCAAGACCUGGACAAGAAUGAUGUCGUCAAUAUCCAGUUCACGAGCGGCACGACGUCCAUGCCUAAAGCGGCCUGUCUGACGCACCGCAACAUCCUCAACAACGGCGCGCAGAUUGGUGAUCGAAUGCUCCUCACACCAGACGAUGUCGUCGUCUGCCCUCCACCGCUCUUCCACUGCUUCGGCUGUAUCCUAGGCUACAUGGCGACCGCAACACACGGCUCCUCCAUCGUCUUCCCUUCCGAAGCCUUCGACCCGGAAGCCUCCCUGCGUGCGGUGCAGGAGUAUAAAGGCACAGCGCUGUACGGCGUGGCGACGAUGUUCCUCGCCGAAUUGGAGCUCAUCGCUAAUGGCGUCGUUCCACACGAAGGCUUCCAACACUUGAGGACCGGGAUAGCAGCGGGGAGUAGCGUCCCCGCGGAACUCAUGAGGAAGUUGCAUAAGAUUCUGAAUUUGGAGGAGUUGACGAUUUGCUAUGGCAUGACGGAGACGAGUCCGGUUAGUUGUAUGACGAGGACAGAUGAUCCUUUGCAGAAGCGAAUCGACACCGUCGGCCGCCUCCUCCCGCACGUCGAAUGCAAAGUCGUCGACCCCUCGGACCACACGCAAACCCUCCCCAUCAACACCCGCGGCGAACUCGCCACCUCGGGCUACCUGGUCAUGAAAGAAUACUUCGCCGCGCCCACCAAAACCUCCGAAGCCCUCAUCCCGGACCCUCACGACCCCGCCAAAAUCUGGAUGCUCACCGGCGACGAAGCGAGCAUGGACGCCAAAGGCUACGUCUCCAUCACAGGCCGCAUCAAAGACCUGAUCAUCCGCGGCGGCGAGAACAUCCACCCGCUCGAGAUCGAAAACUGCCUCCUCGGCCACGAGGGCGUGCGGGAGGUCAGCGUCGUCGGACUCCCCGAUGAGCGGUACGGCGAGGUCGUCGCGGCGUUUGUGGUGCGGAGUCGGGAUGCGAAGGGGGAGGCGUUGGACGCUGCGGAGGUAAGGGAGUGGGUGAGGGAGAGGUUGAGUGGGCAUUUGGUUCCGAAGUAUGUGUUUUGGGUGCAGGAUUAUCCUAAGACGGCGAGUGGGAAGAUUCAGAAGUUUCGGUUGAGGGAGGAGGGGGUGGGGUUGGUGAGGGAGGGGAGGGGGGAGUGA